CAGCCGUGAAAGCAGCACACUUUAGCUAACGGCUAGCUGUUUUGCUAAUAGCGCCUGUUAGCAUAUGUAGCCACCAACAGCUAAUGUUUAGAACUAAGUCAGAUUAAAUGGGUGUUUUUCGACCUCAGAGGAGCUUAUGUUUUCUUUCCCUCGUAUAAAUGGACAUUAGUGAGUACGUUUUGUCGGCGGGCAGGGCCAUGCUGGACAUGGUGGAGCGGGAAUGGCAGCCUCUGUCCCCGGUGGAGCUGGACCAGAGGCUGGACCAGGCGGUGGAGGAGAUCCUGGAGGCAGAGCUGCUAGCCAAACUGAGAGCUCAGCCUCCACCGACGAUUUAUGUCCAGUUCAUACAGGGACAAGAGAAUGUGGAGCCCCAGGUGUUAAACACAGAAGCAUCAACAUCUAGUCCACCAGAAGAAGAGACCACAGAGUCCACUGAAGAGCCGGUGGACACUGUGGACAGUCCUACAGUCAAGUACAUUACAGACCUGCUUCAAAGCUGCAAAUCCAGGGCUCGAAUGGCUGGACGGGCUCGUCUGUCUCUGUCCCACACUGUCCUGUUGUCUCUCACUCUCCUGUCCAGACGUGUCAGCUAUCGCUCUGUGUCCACCCGCUUCGGUCUGGAGAAGGGAAACAUCCACAGAAUCUUCUUUUCUUUUUGUGAGCGCAUCAACACGCUGAAGGAAGGACAAAUCAGAUGGCCAGUUGGUCAAGAGGCUGAGGAGCAUGUUUUCCCACUUUCCAGUCUGCUGGGAACAUACAGGUUGCAGGACCAGGACCAAAGUGUCCACCAGGUCCUGGGAGUCCUGGGACACACCAGGAUCCCGAUCCGGCUGCCGUUAGGAAAACAUGAUGUGGACAGCACAGUGCCUGAGGUGAAGAGGAUGAAAAAGGAGGCGCAUCCUGACUCCUGGAUCAACCUGGAGCUUGUUUGUGACCAUAAAGGCCGAUUCCUCCACUGUGGAAUCAGUAAAGGCUCAGACGUGGACAGAGGAAUGACUCUGAGAGACAAACUCAAACUACAUCCUGACAUGUUGCCCAAUGGUUCCUUCCUUGUGGCCAGAGCCGGCUACCCUCUCACCGCUCAGAUUUUAACACCUUACACAGGAAAUCUAGGACCAAAGGAGGAGCUUUUCAACAAAACACUGGAAGCUUGUUUUCGAACACUGGAUCAGGCGGUCGCUAACCUCAAAGCCAGGUUUCAGAGGCUCAGGUAUCUGGAUAUUGCAAACUACGAUCGAGCCAAAGCUGUUGUGCUCACUGCCUGUGUGCUGCACAAUAUACUGUUGGACGUGGGAAAAGAAAUCCAAGCAGACGUUGACAAAGAAGAGGAAGGUUUGACACAUGAGGAGGAAGCGGAGGUCGAUGAGGAGGGUGUGAGAAGACGUGCCAUCAUUGCAGAUUUAAUGUUAAAAAAUGUAGUCACUGAAAAUACAUAAUAAGAUGUGAUUCUCCACCUGCGCUGA